AAGUGCUCGCAGACGCGAAAUGUUGAGUGGUAAGUGAAGGUGUGCGAAUUGGUUUUUUCUUCUCAGUUGAGUGCGAAAAGAUGGCCCCAAAAUUGAGACAUCCGUUUAUCGAUGGACUGAGAAACGUUCCAGACAACAGGAAAAAAGAACUCAACAAAAUCAAAAUUUGGAUGAAUUCGCAACCCCACUUGCCUCACAUUUCAGAUGAGUACAUCUACCUCUUCCUCCAUGCUGCCUACUACAACAUCGAUAAAACGAAAACUUGCAUUGAAAAUUAUUUCACGAUUAGAGCAAGUGCUCCGGCGAUUUUCAACGAUAGAGACCCUUACUCACCUCGGAUGCAAGUUAUGAUAAGUCUCGGAAAUUUAAUCCGACUGCCUAAGGCGACCCCGGAAGGGUACAAAGUCCUGUUAUACAGCGUGAGGGACCCAGACCCCACCAAAAUGAUAUUCAGCGAUGCUGUCAAAGGGUUCUGCAUGUACAACGACUGUGUCUUAUCAGAAGAUGGACUUGCAGAAGGUUAUAUCGUCAUUUUUGAUAUGAAAGGAGUUUCAAUCGGCCAUCUUGCCAGAGUCAGUCUACCUGCCCUGAAGGCUUUUAUGUUCUACAUUCAGGAAGCUCAUCCAGCUCGCCUAAAAGGCAUCCAUAUCCUAAAUACGGCCUCCUGGAUUCACCACAUUAUGAGGAUAGUCUUGCCCUUGAUUAAAUCAGAGCUUUUAAGCAUGGUUAAGUUCCACAAAGGAAGUAUUCCUGAAGGAGUCCCCCAGGAUAUCCUCCCCGCCGACUACGGCGGUGAAGCGCCCUCUGUCGAAGAAUUAGACUCUGAAACCAAGAGUAUGGUCGACAAAUACGCCUCCUGGCUCAAAGAAUCGGUUCAUUUCAAAGCCGAUGAAAGUAAAAGAGUCAAGAAAGCCUCAUGGUGGGGCCUUUUCAGUGGAAGCAACUCAACGGAAAGAAUAGAUGAGAAAACUAUUCUCAAAAACUUGCAAAUCGAUUGAAAUAAAAUUGCAUAUUGUUUGGUUAGGGCUCAAAAUAAGUCAUUAAUAAGAGUGUGACUGUCUAUGUAUUUGUUGUGAUUAAUUAGGAAUAAAACACCAGUUAAAAAUGCA